UCAAGAAAUACAUAAAUACUCAUGUCGGAAGCGAUGUUGGGGUUUUUAUCGAGUUUUUAACAAUCAUUAAUUAGAUGAUUCUUAUUGGCUCGUUAUCCGCGGAUCUUCUGAUACGUGCCGAGUGACAGAUUUAUUACUUGCGCGAGAUUCACCAUAAGUAACCAUAAUUUUAUGCAGCGUGAAAUCUAGUCAUGGAAAUAUGGAUGUAUAAAAUAUUUUAUAACAUCUAAUAUAAUAAAGAAAACAGUAUGAGUGCAGCAGUGACGUUGGUUCUGGCUGUGGCGUUGAUGUCCGGAGUAAAAGCGGAGAAGACAGAAGACCCUGACGCACAUAUGAGCCAUUUCAUCGCCGAUAUAUGGCUGGAAGGAGCUGAUGUCGUUCGAAUCCUGUGGCGAGACUGCUCAAAAAAACUAAUCGACGUGAAAGAUGUAAUUGACCACAAGGAGUACUUCCCAAAGUUCGUGCGCUGUAUGAAGAGGAAGACGUUGAGAGCUCUGGACCGGUCGCUCAGCACUGACAUAGUACCUAUAGCUGAAGGGGUCAACUUAGUGCGGUUCGAGAUGGUUGACAGAACCGGGAAUGUGAUGCCCGACAACUAUACCAGUUCGUGGUCGGAGAAAGAGCUCGAGGAAGGCGAGUGGCGCACGCUUGCCAUGCAGCGGAUGGCGAAGGUACUUCGGACUCAUGUCAUCAAGUUCGACUUCGAGGAUGCGAAAACGCCGGAAAAAGUUGAGUUCCGCGGUCGCCGGCGCCACCAGAUGAUGGUGAUGAUGAUGUUUGGCAUCGUGUCCAUCGGCAUGGUGCUGGUACCCAUGGGUUUCCAGUUCCUCGCCGUCCUUGGCGGAAAAGCUCUUCUCCUUGCCAAAAUGGCCUUAAUCUUAGCUUCCAUACAAGGACUGAAGAAGAUCGGUACAAGUCCGCUGAACUACGGAUUCUACCAUUCUUACCCCCCUUACGAUCAUUACGAGAAAAGGAGCGGAGACAACUGGCCGCCCCCCUCCGUGAUGGCCGGCACGCCCCCGCCGCUCUCUCGCUCGUGGUCCCAUCUCGACGGAAACAUCAAGACUGACAGAAUACAUUUAGCUUAUACUGAAGCUAAUGAUCUAAAAGGGGAUACGCCGAAGUUUAUUCAAAGAGAAUCGGAGUCGAGAGUGUACCCAGUGUACCCCGGACCAGACACUACGCCUUCCUUCACUGUUAUAGAUUCGCCUACGCCUUUAAUAGCUGAUUUAACCACCACCCCAGGGGAGGUCCAGGCAGAUUACGCCUUGGAACUCCCCUAUAAUGGAUUUCGCUUUCAAAGUCCCACUCCUGUCGUUUCAUCUUAACGUGUUAACUGGAUACAUGCGUGCGCUUUACGAGAUAGUUUACAGUAUGUUUUCGUAUGUGAUGCAAAUUUUGUUUCCGAGUAGACAGAUUUUAUUUAAUUUCCUUUCGCCUUUCAGAGGGCCGUUACUGGGAUUUCCUUUGCGUAGAUUAUUUGAGAAAUUUAAACCAACAUUUUAAAUUAUCUAGUAAUAAAACUACAUAAUACAAAAUCUAUGCCAUUUUAUAGCUUCAAUGACCACAAAUAGUUUACUGUUCUGUACCACAAAUAAUUUACUGUUAUGUAAUUUA